UUGUGACCCUUGGACGCGUAAUGGGUGGCUUCCGUGCUUACGCCAAUGAGUGAAGUGUAGCUUUAGGCGAUUUGUCGCUUUGCGUGGAACGAAUAAAUAGCUCAUGUUACAACUCGGGGGAGAGGUUCUGCUUUCGCGUGAAGCUCGCUGGCCAGUUGGUGUGGAUUUGAUCCGGCUGACGGCUCCUGCUAGCCUGUUAGCAGCUACACACAGCUAGCAAAGCACGUCAGGAAAGCCAAAGACAGGUGACGACAAAUCCCGUCAGCCAUGGCGGGCGGAAUCACAGACACGGGGGAGCCCUACUCUGCCUUUGUGGGUCUGGUGUACAUGUUCAACCUGAUUGUGGGAACAGGAGCGCUCACCAUGCCCAAAGCCUUCGCCACGGCGGGCUGGGUGGUCAGCUUGAUACUCGUCUCCUUCCUGGCGUUCAUGAGUUACAUGACCACGACCUUCAUGAUCGAGGCGAUGGCGGCGGCCAACGCUCAGCUGAGAUGGAAGAGGAGGGAGCAGGAUGAGAUCAACGACAACGACUCCACCUCAGAGUACUCGGAUGAUGACGGCAUAGUAAGGGGCCAGGCCGAACCGGAGACCAAGCCCAUCUUGUCAGUCCAACGUUCCGGCGGUCCCGUGGACCACUUUGACAUCGCCGAGCGCGUGGAGAUGGGUCAGAUGGCGUCCAUGUUCUUCAACAAAGUGGGCGUCAACAUGUUCUACAUCUGCAUCAUUGUGUACUUGUACGGAGACCUAGCCAUCUACGCCGCAGCUGUGCCCAUAUCCCUCAUGGAGGUGGCCUGUGGAAACCAUUCAUGCAGCGCAGGAGCUGUGAAGUACAAUGACACGGAUGCAUGCUGGGGCUCAGUGACCAGGAAAGAUGCCUACAGAGUCUUUCUGAGUGUCUUUACUGUUCUGUUGGGACCGUUUACCUUCUUUAACGCCCAGAAGACCAAAUACCUUCAGAUCCUCACUUCACUUAUGCGCUGGAUUGCGUUCACCAUGAUGAUCAUCCUGGCGCUCCUCCGCAUUGGCGCGGGCGCAGGCGAGGGCCGCCCUUCCGUCGCCUCCCUGGCCGGUGUGCCCAACCUCUUUGGCGUGUGCGUUUACUCGUUCAUGUGCCAGCACUCGCUGCCCUCGCUAGUGACGCCCAUCUCGGACAAAAAGCGUGUGGGCGUGCUGGUUCUGGCCGACUACGUGCUCAUCCUUGGCUUCUACGCGCUCCUGUCCUUCACCGCAAUCUUCUGCUUUGACAGCGCGCUCAUCCACGAUAUGUACACACUCAACUUUACCGACAAUUGCCAUGUUCUGGACGUGCCCGUCCUGCGCUACUUCCUGGGCCUCUUCCCCGUCUUCACUAUCAGCACCAACUUCCCCAUCAUUGCGGUCACUUUGCGCAAUAACUGGAAGACGCUAUUCCACCGGGAUGGCGGUACCUACCCAUGGGUGGUGGACCGGGUGGUCUUUCCGCUUAUUACACUGGUGCCGCCCAUCGUGGUGGCCUUCUGCACGCACAAUCUGGAGUCUCUGGUGAGCAUCACGGGCGCUUACGCCGGCACUGGCAUCCAGUACGUGGUUCCCGCCCUGCUAGUCUACCAUGCCCGGCGCCACGUGGCACCGGUGACGGGUCGCCACGCUGUCAACCCGCACCGUUCGCCCUUCUGCCAUACGGCCUGGGUGUGGUUCGUGGUACUGUGGGCCACCUUCUGCCUCAUGUUCGUCACCGCCAACAUCAUCCUGACCGACGUCAGGAAAUGAAACAUCCACCUUGUGCCUUUUUUUUUUUAUUUUAUUUUUUUAUACAGAAUGCUAGCUAAUUUAUCAAGAAAGGACCAAACAUUUAACGUCCAUUUUCUAUACCACUUCAUGAGGGUCGAGGGUGAACCGAAGUCUAUCCCAGGUGACUUUGGGGGAGAGGAGGUACACCCUGGAUUGGUUGUACCAAUAAACAAGCAUACAAAGAACAUUAAAAUGUGGAUAUAAUAAAGAUAUAAUUUAUGCACAAAAAGUUAAUUUGUGGCCAUUUAUGGAAAAACAUACAGAGCCCCAAACAUCUCAAACACCCAUAUUGACAGAAAAAAAACGGAAUUGUUGAAAUUUAUGGACAUGAAAUACAAAUUUGUGACCCCCAAAAUAGGUAUAACAUGCACACAAGUGACUCAUUUGUGGCCACAAAUUACUAUUCAGGUGUAAGGUGUGCACUUAAUACUAAUUUGUGGCCAUGAAAUAGGUGUAAUGUCUCCACAAAAUGCUAGUUUGUGGCCACAAUUGACCAAUUUAUGGACAAUAUAUGUCGGUGCAAUAUUCAUUUUUGGCCAUUAGGUAAGUAUAAUGUGUGCAUGAAUUACUCAUUUGUGACUAUAAAAUGGGUAUAAUGUUAAAAAAACAAAAAAUAGGUAUAAAUUGAGCACUAAAUUAAAAGGAAUUGGCCGUUAGGUAUAAAGAGAGCACAAAUUACUAAAUUGUGGCCAUGAAAUAGGUAUAACGUGCGUACGAAAUACCAAUUUGUGGGUUUAAUAUCAUUCAUAUGAACAACUUGGACUUCUGGGUAAGCAAUUGGAUCGCACCUUGGCUCGAAAAUGCAUUACGCCAUGUCCGCUACCUUACUGGUUAGAGUAAGGGUGUGCUCCAUUUUCUACCCAACAGUCUAGGAAUUAUACUAAUAUUCAUUUGAAUUUCGUCCGCACGUUAUGUCCACUUCUGGGCCACGAAUUAGCCUUUUUGCGCUCAUGUUGCAUCGAUAUUGGAGCCACCUUUUGUUUUGAAUCCGUAAUAUCAUGUCUGGGUCGAAGGACAAUUCUUUAGUUAACCUAAGAAAUAUCUUUUUGGAUUUGUUGGAGGAGCCCAGAGUACCAGGAGAAAACCCACACAAGCAACGAGAGAAGAUGCAAAGAGGCAGCUGUGCGAAGCAUUCGCGCGCCGUGUUGCCAAAAGGACCAAAUAUGAACAACUCAAUUUUAAAAGUAAAAAAAAUAAAAAAAAAAAAAAUCUAAAAUGUCCUCCGUGUUUUUCUUAGAAGUUUGUCAAAGGAGUCGAGACAAAAACAAAGAAACGCCAUCACCACAGUUGAUGCUGCUGUUGUUUUUUUACUGAUGUGUGAUUGGCCAGAUAUGUUUAAAUGUGUGUGCGGGUCGGUGGGAGGGGUGGGGGGUAAAGAACAACACCAGAGUGUAAAUUUUUUUCACGGUUAUAACACUUAUUCAAAUGUUUACUGUUAUAACAGUUAUUAAACCAUUUCAAACGGUUAUUUCACUAUUGUAAGUUAUUCCACGGUUAUAAAAUGAUUACACUCUGGUGUUGGUUUGACUGACCGAGCACCCCGUUGAUAUCAGGGAAAACUCCCGCAUUGGGCCAAAAAAUCUUUUGAGUUGUUUAACGGAAUUAAAUAUGUCUACCAAACGUUAAGAAGGAUUUCCACAUUCGCCACAGAUGAUGUCGUCGCCGUUAUUGCUAACACUUGAGUGGCUAAGGAACUGACAUUUAAACUUGUCACCCUAACGACAGCGGGAAACGGUCCAAAAAUUGCACAAUUCAGAGUGAAUUUUUUAAAUGUAUUAAUUUUUUUUUUUUUACCCAGUCCUGUAGCUACAUAACCCCCUAAUAUUAGGAAUGCCAUCUCAUUACAAUGUGGAAAUGUAUGCUUCCUGGAUGAAUGCGUUAUACACAUGAAUGUGUUGUACACACAGUUAUUGCGCUGUUUUGAACUGCUAUUACAGUUGUAAAAGUGUUUUAACAGUUGUUACACUGUUAUAACACUCUUCUAACACCCCAGUGGCAUUCCUCCCGCCAUGAUUUUUGUGUCUUGCAACGAGAUAUGCUGAAGUACACGAUAGCGCAGCGUAUAAAGCCAGGCAGGAGAUGAUGUGGGAUGUGGCCACCCAGCGCCUGGGAAAUAGUUGCCAUGGCAACAGAGGUGCCUUUUGAUUGGAUCCUUGUGCUCAUUAUGUUUUCAUUGACCUGACAAUCACCCCCCACCGAGCAAACACGUUUCUGCCAAGUGAUGUGUAGCAUUGUGUUGGCUUUUUGAAAGUUUUUGUUUUCAUCAUAAUUUGAAGUAUUCACAAAGAAAUUAAAAGGAAUAUGUCUUCAUUCA